AACUAAUUUUGAAAACCACUGUUAAACCUCUGAACAGCGUUAAGUUUUUUUCCAGGCUUGAAGAACGACAAGUGAGUUUAAGUACUUAUUUAUAUGAGGAAGGGGUGAUAAGACGAAACAUCUGAUUGUGUUUUUAACACGCCUCUGAGACUCUUAUUUUGGAAAGAAAAAAAACACCCGUGUGCCGUCCAUCGUUCAGCGUGUGUAUACACACACACGCAGACACAGAGCAGUUCAGCGGCAUGGCGGCGGAUCUCAAGAUGUCUAAUGGAAAAGAAACGGUUUCACUGAACGGCGAGCCGGCAGUUAAACGAUCCCGGGAGAGUAGCGUAACCGAUUCUUUGCGAAAUUCCCGAGAGCCUCAGAAUAAAGUGACGGUCGUGCUCGGGGCUCAGUGGGGAGAUGAGGGCAAGGGGAAAGUGGUCGACCUGCUGGCUAUGGACGCCGACAUUGUCUGCAGAUGCCAGGGAGGAAACAACGCGGGACACACGGUGGUCGUGGACGGUGUCGAGUACGACUUUCACCUCCUACCCAGCGGCGUCCUGAACAAAAAAGCCACCUCGUUUAUCGGGAACGGUGUUGUGAUUCAUCUCCCUGGGCUGUUUGAGGAAGCAGUGAAAAAUUCUCAGAAAGGCCCAGGGCUGCAGGGUUGGGAAGAGAGGCUAAAGAUUUCUGACCGUGCACAUAUUGUGUUUAAUUUUCAUCAGGCUGCUGAUGGGAUGCAGGAGCAACAAAGACAACAGCAGGCUGGGAAGAACUUGGGAACAACCAAAAAGGGCAUUGGUCCAGCAUAUUCCUCUAAGGCACAACGUAAUGGGCUGAGAGUGUGUGAUUUGGUUGCUGAUUUCUCAGUUUUUGAGGAAAGUUUCCGUGUCCUGGCUAGCCAUUUUCAGACUAUGUAUCCAAACCUCAACAUCGAUGUUGAUGGUGAGCUGGAGCAGCUGAAGGGUUACGCAGAGAAGUUGCGGCCUCUGGUCACAGACGGUGUGUACUUCAUGCAUAAAGCUCUUAAUGGACCAAGCAAGAAGAUCCUCGUCGAGGGGGCUAAUGCAGCUCUUUUGGAUAUCGACUUUGGAACCUAUCCUUUCGUAACAUCAUCCAAUUGCACUGUUGGAGGCGUGUGCACAGGCCUUGGCGUCCCCCCAUCUCACAUUGGCCGUGUGUAUGGUGUGGUUAAGGCUUACACAACCCGAGUUGGUGUUGGAGCGUUUCCCACUGAACAAGACAACGACAUUGGCGAUCUCCUGCAGUCUAGAGGAAGGGAAUUUGGAGUUACUACAGGCAGACGGCGACGCUGCGGGUGGCUGGACCUGGUUUUAGUUCGUUAUGCUCACAUGGUCAACGGCUUCACAGCUAUCGCUCUGACCAAGUUGGACAUUCUUGAUACGUUGUGUGAGAUUAAAGUGGGGAUCGCUUACACUGUUGAUGGCAAGCCUUUGGACAGCUUUCCUGCUAAUAUGGAUGUCCUGACGAAAGUCGAGGUGACCUAUGAGACGUUACCUGGGUGGUGCUGCAGCACAGAGGGAGCACGUACUUUUGACGACUUGCCACCUCAGGCACAAACCUACAUUCGCUUUAUAGAGGAUUUCCUGCAGGUGCCAGUAAAAUGGGUCGGAGUUGGAAAAUCCAGAGAGAGUAUAAUAAAGCUCAUCUAAGAUGCACAGGACAGUACCUAAAAUCCACCACAUGCAUACGUCUUCCAGGGACAUCAUAACAUUUGUGGGACCAGAAAUUCUUGUAGUGGAUUAGUGCUGGACUAAAGAAGAACCUGAGCUAAGAUCUCUGAGAAGGUCCCACUUAAAAUGAGCACCAGCAUACAGUUGCAGACAACAAUUUUAUUUCAAGAAUGAUUCAGGGGACAUGUGUAUGAGACUUCUGUUCUUACAUAUGAUGAAGGCUUUUAUUUUAACUCCUGGACCAGCAUUUUUAUUGUGAUGCUUAAUGCAUAUUGGUUCUGGAGGUCAUACACUCCCACUUUAGAUCUGCACUAAAGUUAGCUUUGUGUAAAUGUAUUCCUUUCUCUGUGCUGCUCCGUAAUUACAAAUGGCUUAUCCCCCUCCCCUCCCCUUAUCUGAUCACCUAUUGUCCAUUUCAUAAGAGGCUCAGAUUACCAUGAUCGAACUAAGAGCUUUAUUUUGAUUUACUGCAUUUUAGGGGCAAAAAACAUCUAUUUUUCCAUCUCUAUUAAAAAUAGGCUUUUAAAAUUAUCUGUAAAGUGUAGCCUAAGUUUUUAUCUAAUCAUGUGUAUGGGGUUUAUUGUAUGACCCUAAGAUUUGAAACAUUAUUUUAAUUUGAGGUGGAUAGUACAUUAAUUUAGUUUCAUGUGCCUGGUGUUGGCAGUCUAAAAACCAGGUUUUUUCAAGAGCUGCAUAAUACAAUAAUGGAAUUAUCCAAGCUUUUUUUAAAUCAGCAGUUUAAAUGUACACUCGCCACAUGGUCAGUUAGAAUUGCAGUAGAUGGACCAAUUCACCGAAAUGCAUACAGUUGCCUUCCACUGGAGUGUGUAGAUUUUCACAUUAUUGGCUGCUGCUUUGGAACAAUAAAGUGUUCUACGUACACUGA